AUGAUCGUUCGGUCGUCGGCUCCUAGAACUGUGGUCCGCGCGGCCUCGACAGCAGCUUCACGAUCGUCGGCUUCGAUCACCGCCACCGGCUCCUCUACCCUUCGAAACAGACGCUCUUACGCCACCGUACAGGAAGGGCAGCCCCAGAAACGAAGAUAUGGCGAUCUGAAAGAUCAGGAUAGGAUAUUUCAGAACCUAUACGGCCACCAUGGCACCGAUCUGAAGAGCGCCAUGAAGUAUGGCGAUUGGUACAAGACGAAGGAGAUCAUAUUGAAAGGCCACGACUGGUUGAUCAACGAGAUUAAAGCUUCAGGAUUGAGAGGGAGAGGCGGUGCUGGCUUCCCAUCAGGUCUGAAAUUCUCAUUUAUGAACUUCAAAGGCUGGGAGAAUGACAAAAAGCCCCGAUAUUUGGUCGUCAACGCAGACGAAGGCGAACCUGGCACUUGCAAAGACCGAGAAAUUAUGCGCAAGGAUCCGCAUAAGCUGGUCGAAGGGUGUCUCGUGGUCGGUCGCGCGAUGAACGCCACCGCGGCCUACAUCUACAUCCGCGGUGAAUUCUACCACGAGGCCACUGUCUUGCAACGAGCUAUCCAAGAAGCAUACAAGGAGGGGCUGAUUGGCAAGAACGCCUGUGGUUCGGGCUAUGACUUCGACAUCUACCUGCACCGCGGCAUGGGUGCCUAUAUUUGUGGAGAAGAGACCUCCCUGAUCGAAUCUCUCGAAGGCAAAGCUGGAAAGCCUCGUCUGAAGCCGCCCUUCCCGGCUGCAGUUGGUCUCUUCGGCUGCCCGUCAACCGUCACCAAUGUUGAGACUGUUGCGGUCUGUCCGACCAUCGCGAGGCGGGGAGGGAAAUGGUUCGCUAGCUUCGGUCGCGAGCGCAACCAAGGCACGAAACUGUACGCUAUCUCUGGCCACGUCAACAACCCCUGCGUAGUCGAAGAGGAGAUGUCCAUCCCUCUCCGCGAACUGAUCGAGAAGCACUGCGGCGGCGUCCGUGGAGGAUGGGACAACCUUCAAGCCGUCAUCCCUGGUGGUUCGUCAACGCCCAUCCUUCCCAAGCAUAUCUGCGACGAUCAACUCAUGGACUUCGACGCCUUGAAAGAUAGUCAGUCUGGCCUGGGCACGGCCGCCGUGAUUGUCAUGGACAAGUCCACGGAUGUUGUCCGGAUGAUUGCCCGGCUGAGCCAAUUUUACAAACACGAAAGUUGCGGCCAGUGCACCCCCUGUCGGGAGGGAAGCGCAUGGACUGCGAAGAUUAUGGACCGGUUCGAGAAGGGUCAGGCGAAGGCAAGGGAGAUUGACAUGAUGCAGGAGCUUACGAAGCAGGUUGAGGGACACAGUAUUUGCGCAUUGGGAGAAGCAUUCGCAUGGCCUAUUCAAGGCCUGAUUCGGCAUUUCCGACCACAGCUCGAGGCUCGCAUCAAGGACUACGCCCAGAAGGCGGGUGCUGAGCCCUUCGCCGGUGGAUGGGAGCCUGGUGCGGAUAAGAAGGGCUUGCUUAUCGCACCUGGGCAAUGA